CGAGCCGGGCGUCUGCUGCAGCGGCCGCGGUGGCGGAGGAGGCCCUACAGGACUUGGCGGCAGCGGCGGCGGCUGUGGCGGGACCGGCAGCAGCAGCAGCAGCUACAAGCUCCCAGUGCCGCGGCGCUGCCGCACGAGCCCCACGAGCCGCCCACCCCGCCGCCCUCGGCGCUGCCUGACCCCGCCGGCGUGUCCGCCAGCCGCCAGCCCCGGCAGCGCCCCCAGUCGUCCUCCGACUCGCCCUCGGCCUUCCGCGCCAGCCGCAGCCGCAGCCGCAACGCCACCCGCAGCCUCAGCUCCAGCCACCGGCACAGCCACCGGCACAGCCCCAGCCCCAGCUCCUGCUGCAGCUCCUCGAGACACCGUCCCUACGCCGACACCCUGGAGGUUGGGAUGCUCUUGUCCAAAAUCAACUCGCUUGCCCACCUGCGCGCCGCGCCCUGCAACGACCUGCACGCCACCAAGCUGGCGCCCGGCAAGGAGAAGGAGCCCCUGGAGUCGCAGUACCAGGUGGGCCCGCUCCUGGGCAGCGGCGGCUUCGGCUCGGUCUACUCAGGCAUCCGUGUCGCCGACAACUUGCCGGUGGCCAUCAAGCACGUGGAGAAGGACCGGAUUUCCGACUGGGGAGAGCUGCCCAAUGGCACCCGAGUGCCCAUGGAAGUGGUCCUGCUGAAGAAGGUGAGCUCGGGCUUCUCCGGCGUCAUUCGGCUCCUGGACUGGUUUGAGAGGCCCGACAGUUUCGUCUUGAUCCUGGAGAGGCCCGAGCCGGUGCAAGACCUCUUCGACUUUAUCACGGAAAGGGGGGCCCUGCAGGAGGAGCUGGCCCGCAGCUUCUUCUGGCAGGUGCUGGAGGCGGUGCGGCACUGCCACAACUGCGGGGUGCUCCACCGCGACAUCAAGGACGAGAACAUCCUCAUCGACCUCAGUCGCGGCGAGCUCAAGCUCAUCGACUUCGGGUCGGGGGCGCUGCUCAAGGACACCGUCUACACGGACUUCGAUGGGACCCGAGUGUAUAGCCCUCCAGAGUGGAUCCGCUACCAUCGCUACCAUGGCAGGUCGGCCGCCGUCUGGUCUCUGGGGGUCCUGCUGUAUGAUAUGGUCUGCGGAGAUAUUCCUUUUGAGCAUGAUGAAGAGAUUAUCAGGGGCCAAGUUUUCUUCAGGCAGAGGGUCUCUUCAGAGUGUCAGCAUCUCAUUAGAUGGUGCUUGGCCCUGAGACCAUCAGAUCGGCCAUCCUUCGAAGAAAUCCAGAACCAUCCCUGGAUGCAAGAUGUCCUCCUGCCCCAGGAAACCGCUGAGAUCCAUCUGCACAGCCUGUCACCCGGGCCCAGCAAAUAGCUUUUCCGGCAGGUCUUCCCCUCCCCCCUUCAGAUGCUCAAGGGAGGGGAAGCUUCUGGUUCCAGCUUCCCAGAGGACCAGUGACACUUCUCGCCAAGCAGGACAGUGCUUGAUAAACAGGAACAGCAUUUACAACUCAUUCCAGACCCCAGGCCCCUGGAGGCUGCCUCCCGGCCGCAGGGGAAGAGACUCCUCUCCGGGUGUCCCAGGCCCCAGCUCAUCCUGUAGAUGCUCUCUCCUUUUCAAAGAGCUCCAGCUUUGCUGGACUCGGCAAAAUCCUGGGGGUGGGGGGGGUGGGGGGGUCAGAACCCUGCCACAAACUGUUCCCUUCAACACGAGUUCUGCUGAAUGCCGCGAUGGGUUGGGUAGGGGGGAAACGGGUUGGGGUGGGAUAGGACUAGCUACAUUUGAAGUCCCUGUCACCUCUUCCGACUCUUCUGAGUGCCUUCUGUGGGGACUCCGGCUGUGCUGGGAGAAAUACUUGAACUUGCCUCUUUUACCUGCUGCUUCUCCAAAAAUCUGCCUGGGUUUGGUUCCCUAUUUUUCUCUCCUGUCCCCCUCCCCACCCCUACAUAUGAAAGGUGCCAUGGAAGGGGCUACAGGGCCAAACGCUGAGCCACCUGCCCUUUUUUUCUGCCUCCUUUAGUAAAACUCCCGCGUGAA